UUGAACCGUACAGCCAUGCCGCCUCCAGACACGAUGUACUGUUCCCAGCAAAUCAUUAUCCCACCCGAGCUGCCCAACCUCCUCAAGAACUUCACCAAGGCAGCCAUCCGAACGCAGCCCAAGGACUUGCUGCAGUGGUCUUCAACAUACUUCCAUGCAUUGUGUAAAGGAGAGAGUUUGCCUGUGAAAGACCGUUUGGAGAUCGUUGCCACCCAGAAGACAGACACUGGGCUGACUCCAGGUCUGCUUAAGACUCUUCACAAACAGCUCUCCCAGAAGACAACUUGCAGCAAGGAGGAGCUGCAGAAGAAAUGGGAGGGUCUGAGUUUACCAUCGGAUCAGAUGGAGACCCUGCUGUCGCUGGGCAGCUUCAGCUAUGAAAUUGACUGGAUGGAGUUUUUCGCCCUGGGCUGCAGCGCUCUGGGAGGGACCCUCAGGAGUUCUCUGAAGUUCGCCUGUGAGAUCCUGACAGAGGAUGAGGAGGACGGCACCGCGAGGAUCCCGUUCGACACCUUUAGGAAAAUGUACACUUAUCUGGCUCGCCUGGAUGGGGACGUGCCCCAGGACCACAUUGACGACUUCCUCAGCAGCCUGCAGCCACAAGUAGAGCUCCAACAUGGGAUGAUAAAACCUCUGGACUUCAUCCACCAGGACAACAUGGACUGA